GAGGGUCAGUGUUAUGGGGGUGGAGCAGGUAAUGGCUGGGAUGAGUAAGGAGAGAAAUAAUUAUUAAUGGGGUGAGAGUCAGUGUUGUGAGGAGGGAGAGAGAAGUGAGGGACUAGCCCUGGCUUUUUUCGGUAAAGGAAGGUAAGGGUUGCCAUUGGUAGGAGAGGUUAGGGAUUGAGCUUGUUGAAAUCUUUUGCUGGAGAGAGAGUGAGGGAGGGGUGCAUGCAGUAGUGGUGCUAAGCUUACACAGACUAAGGCCUGGUCUACACUGACGGGGUGGGGGCGGAAUCAAUCUAAAUUAUGCAACUUCAGCUACGUGAAUAACGUAGCUAAAGUUGACAUACUUAGAUCCACUUACUGCGACACUAAGUCGACAACUGACACUCACCCGUCGACUCCACCUGCACCUCUUGUCCUGGUGGAGUACCGGAGUCGACGGGAGAGCGCUCGGCGGUUGAUUUAUUGUGUCUAGAUGGAUGCAAUAAAUCGACCCCCGCUGGAUCGAUCGCUGCCCAUCCAGCAGGUAAUGUAGACAAGCCCUAAGCAAUUAAGGUCAUGGGGGUCCUGAUUUAGUAUUACCCCCAAAAUACCACUAAUCUUAUUUAACAUGGAGUUUUUAACAAGUGUAUUAGUAUGUGUUCGUAUAUUGUUUGGUUUGUGGAAAUAAAAAAUACUUAUUGCAUUGUGGGGGGUGAGGGGUAAAGAGCGCACCUCCAAUGGGCCAGCACUGCCUCUGGGUACAUGGUCUGUCCUUGGGGACUGGUAUUUUUUUCUGUGAAACAUCAUGUUUUAUUGGUGUCUGUUUCAAAGGACUCCACCCCCAUGAAGUACUUUGAGGUACUGGGUAUUUGAUUUCUCUCCCACUUUCCCGCCCUGCCCCCCCUUCCUUGGGAAAAGGAAGAGAAAAAUGGAGGAGGGAGAAGUGCAAAAAAAAAAAAAACCUUUCAAAGCUAAUUUUUUAAAAUAAUACUUGUGAAAAAUGUGGACUGAACAGAAAAUUGCACCUUUUAGAAAUCUGCGGAAUGAAAGUGAUUUGUAAUUUUUUUCAUAAAAGUACUUUACGAUUUUUGACCAGUCUUAGCUCAGAGGGGGCUGGGUGUUGUGUUGGGAUCGUUGAAUAGCAGUGUUAGAAUGGCAUGUAUGUGAGAAGGUAGCUUCAGUGUUUAGAGGAAGGGAUGCUUAUGGUACGAAUGGAGGUGAGGAAGGUGCUGGGGGAAGGGGGUCAGGGUUUAAUGUUCUUGGGUCGUUGAUGAAGAGGGGAGCAGGGAGAAACUCAGGGUUUUGUACUCUUGGUGUCUGUGGGGUUAGGUUUGCAUGAGAUGAGGAAGGGGCUGGGGAUCAGUUUAGGGUUUAAUAUUGUGAGGGACACUGGAGGAGUGAAUUGUUGCUUGGCUCACAGCAGGUUAUAGCAGGUUUACAAUAGUAGGAUGAUGGCUAGUAAUGGGAGUUUUCUAGAUGCUGAACUCAGGCGAAGAAAAGGCACAACAUUAUUGUAGGUGCUGCUGUCAUCUCCUUGGAAAUAGCAGUAGGAGAAAGCCUGACGUGUUUAAUCUGAUACGGGGUAUCUGAUAUGGCAAUUUUCAUUCCUAAACAAAUCUACACGGACACACCCCCAGAGCCCUGACCAGGGGUAUUCUAUCUGCUACCCAAGAUCCAUAAACCUGGAAACCCUGGACACCCCAUCAUCUCAGGCAUCGGCACUCUUACAGCAGGAUUAUCUGGCUAUUUGGACUCUCUCCUCUGACCCUAAGCUACCAGCACUCCUAACUAUCUUUGAGACACCACCGACUCUCUCUGAGGAAACUACAAUGCAGUAGUAAUCUUCCUGAAAACACCAUCCUGGCCACUGUGGAUGUGGAAGCUCUUUAUACCAAUAUUAAUACCACAUGAGGAUGGACUACAAGCUGUCAAGAGCAGUAUCCAUGAUGAGGCCAUGGCACACCUGGUGGUUGAGCUUUGUGACUUUGUCCUUACCCACAACCGUUUCAGAUUUGGGGACAACAUAUACCUUCAAGUCAGUGGCACUGCUAUGGGUACCCGCAUGGCCCCACAAUAUACCAGCAUAUUUAUGGCUGACUUAAAACAACGCUUCCUCAGCUCUUGUCCCCUAGCGCCCCUCCUCUACUUGCGCUACAUUAAUGACAUCAUCAUAUGGACCCACGGGAAAGAGGCCCUUGAAGAAUUCUUCCUGGAUUUAUCUAGUGUGUUAAGCUCAGUUUGCGGUUUUGUUUAUUUACUAAGAUAAUCUAUGAUACAUGUAGCUCCAAAGUGUGUGCAACAGACCUUCUCAAGAUGUAUCGAAUAUCCCAACUAAUGUCAACACCAGCAGCACGUUUUUCAGUGGCUGAUAAAGAGCCCAGGCAAAGUCUGUCCCCUGAACACAUUUUGCCAAGUUACACUUAUGCCUUUCUGGAUAGUGACACCUCCUAUGAAUGUUGUUCCAUAAAUCCCUUGACAGGGUCUCUUUUCACAUGUCGCCGUAGUCCUCGGCUUCUUACUAAUGGCUAUUACAUUUUGACGGAAGACAGUUUUGUGUCUGAUGAAGAUGGUAAUGUAACACUGACCCCAUCACAGACAAGUGUUACCUAUAAGGAGAAAUUAGUUAGAAUAUUCAGGAGAAGGAAGAAAAUCCGUCGCUCUCUUGCUAGUCUGUUCAGUCUCAGUGCCUCGAAUUCAUGGCUUAACAGCACUGUCCUUAGCAAUAUGGAGUCUCCUCAUGUAGAGGAGAUUUGGAAUGAUGGAGAUAAUAAACUAGAUGCCAAUCCACACUAUGGCAAUGAUGACUCUGAAUUUUCUUCUGAAUGCAAAAUCUGGAUGUCACAAAAGCAAACACCAGCAGCUGAUGACUCCUCUUUUUCUAAAGAUGUGGUGUUCAUUCAGUCAAGAAAACAGUUCAGUGAUUCCUCUCCUUGCUCCCAGUUUAUGGUAGAUGGGUAUUUCCAUGAAGAGACUUUGGAUCAUUCAAAAUCCAAUGCAGUGAGAAAUGUCAUUUAUCAAAUGAUUAUGCUGUCCACGUGUUUAAUCAUUUCAGUGUAUGCAAGAUGCUUUCUGGGAGGACGCUUUGCCACUUUGUUGGCCUUUCUGCUGCUGAUAAUUUUAGUUUAUGCUGCCAAGUCAUCUUUUAUCAGUCUUGUCACAUCUUCCAAAACCACCAAAUUACGGAAAUAAUUGAAAGACUGACUCGGUUUGCCAGCAUAUACGGAUCACUUAUCUGGAGCCAUUUUUCUUUUGCCGGUGAGAAACAAUCAGAAUUUUCAGAGCUCUUUCUCCCAAUAAUACAAAGUCAUUUUAUUUGGACUGUACCUGGAUCCUUUCACAGUUUUGUGUAAAGCCUGGCUUCUUAGCAGUCUUUUUCGCACCCAAUCCUGCAAGCAGAACCAUGCAGGCAGACCCCUAUGCCCACAUAGAACCCCUUGAUGCCAGUGGGUCUCUGCAUAGGCAGGGUGUCACCCAAGCUUUGUAACUUGCAGGAUUUGGGGUCUUGGAGACUAAGAUGGUGGGGAAAAAAUAUCUAGCGAGCCCUACAAAUCCAUCUUUUGUUGAUGUUUAAACCGUUUUCAUUCAUGUUGCUGCUCUGGCCAUAGAACAUGCAUUACGGUCUUGAAAUAACUUCUUGUCAAACUGUUUAAAAUCUGGGAAUGGUUCUGGAUAGUGGUGAAUUGGACAAUAUUCUUAAAACUCUUCAGGGCCUUCAUUGUCUCAUCCCUGCCACAGCCUUUUGGCCUUUAUUUCAACUCUGGGUUCUUUACCAGUGAUUUUGAAGACAGAAAAAUAAGUAUUAGAAACACAAGAAAAGAGAGAGUGGAAAUUAAUUGUGCCAAAAUAGUGCUUCCUAUUAGAGAGCAGAAGUGCUACCUUCAGAAAAGUCAGGAAGUCAGAGGGUUGGACGAGCAGCUGGAGAAGCCAGAAUCAUAUGGUUAACAUAACAAAUAAAGAGUCCAUGACCUUUAUUUUUCAAGCAUUGAUCCUUAUUUUACUGAUAUUGGAUUUAAAAGACAAUGCUAAACAUUAAUCUCCGUGAGUGACUAGUGAUCACUGUUCUGUGACUACACUAUCUCAUAACUAGUUUGUUAUACCUACCAAGUAUGCCAAUUUAGCUAACACAGUGUAAAAUUUCAUCUCCCCCUGCUAUAAAAUGAUGAAAAUGUGAUCGCAUAGUUUUGUCUAAAAAAUCUUUCUGCCGUUGCUGCUUCUGGUCUGCUUAUCCCCCAUUGUACUAAAACUGGUACUUGUGGAGCUACAGUUGCUAAAUCUGACCCAUAAUGCUGCCUGUGGAAAGGCCGACUCUGCAGGUGGGAUGUGAACAGCCUGGCAGGCAUAGUAGAAGUAUCUGUAAACUUCUGUAAAAAUUUAAUUUUUAAAAAAUUGAAGGUUCUGAUGAAGGAUAAAAGGAAAUGAUAAAUCACCGUUCAGCCAACUGUAUUUUUUAUCAUUACUCACCUUUAUGGCCAUCCUCAAACCGGAUACAUUUGUGUUUGUGAGAGAGAAUCCCUGGAGAUGUGGGGAAAUGAAGGAAAGCGUAGUUGCAAUUAUUUAAAGUGAACAUGCCAACCUUUCAAGGGGUAAAUAUCAUUUUGCUUGUAUUUUGAAUGUAAGACUCAUCACCAAAAACUCAAGGAGGGGAAACAGCCAUGUUAUCUAUUUUGAUAUUAAAAUACUAUUGCUGAGUAUGUUAAAUAUUUCCCUGAUAAAAAUAAACCAGGUGAGAAACUAAGAGUCCAGUAUUUGUAGUUUAAAUAAAGACACCAGGGUGUACUUCAGGCAGAGAAUCCUGAAGUAAAGGAAAAUUGCUUCACAUAAUAAUAAUAAUAAUAAUAAUACAAUUAUAAUAGUAAAUAAAAACAUUGAGAGGCUCCACACAACUCCAUAUUUUUCUUGUAGUACAGAUGAUAAGCUUGAAUAAUUAUGUGAAUAUUACAUAAUUCAGCUUCUUUAUUCACUUUGACUCUAGAGUCUACUCCAAAUUGACAGAUUACUGUGUGGUAUUUAUAUAUAUUUUGUUACUUAUGAUAUGCUAGUUAUAAUGGGCCCUCUUUUAAAUGUACUUUUUAUCACAAUGAGGAGAAUAAUUCUAGGAGUUCCUCAUGAAAAUAGAAUCAAACUUUUUAUUGCCUUGCUGGGAUGAAACACUGGGUCACAGUUAAUCAAGGUUGAUGAAAGAGUAAAGCCAACAUUUUGUAACAGGGGAGCCUAAAUCCAUAUUUAGGCUCCUAAGUAAAAGUAAAUUGACUUUUGAAGUGCUGAGCAUCUGCAGCUUCUAUUGAUUAGGAGAAUCAGGCUCUUGGGGUAUUUUAAACAGUAUCUCUAAUGAAGUACAAACACUUGUUGGCUAUGGGUUAGUGUGACAUUUGUGUACUGUGAGAUGGCUACUGUAAUCUAAAGUCUCUACCUUCAGUAGCUGACCUCUUGUUCAAUUUUAAUGUAUUAAAUUAAUUAAAAUAUAAAUCCAAUGAGGAAUUUUCAAGAUGCACAUGUAACAAACUUAUCACCUUUUGCUAUUGUAAUCCUUGUUCACCAUGCCCUGAUCUUUUGUUUGGUCAUUCCUUGCUGUGUAAAAUCAAAUUUCAGGCCUAAUCCUGCAAACACUUGAUACCAGACAUAUUGCUUACUCUAGUGAGGAGGCUGGGUUCUCAACAGUAGUAAGCAUUAUGCCCAGAAGUGUUUGUAGGAGCCCUUAGAUUGUAAGCUCUUUGGAGCAGGGACAAAUCCAUUAUUAUCCAUCUGUGGAGCACCCUAUACACCUGUGGAACUAUACUAACAAUAACAGUAGCCCUCAGAACUGAAGGAUGUGGUAAAAAAGAGUACCAGUACAUAAAACAGGAAAAGACUUUGGGCCCAGUUCUUUGGGAUCUGUCCCUUCACUUGUCCUAUACCUUUAUUUUAUAAUAUGCUUAUAUAUUAGAAAUCGAGAACAAUUACUUGUGUGGAUAUUAAUAAAGAAUCUUGCUAAGAAUUGCACACAUUUGUCACCUCAGUGUGCUUGUUAUAUCUUGUUGUUUAGAUUGUAAGCUUUCUGGGGCAGGGAAUGUUAUUCAUUCUGUGUUUGGACA